UAAAAGAAAGUGUGAUGGUAUUUGAUUGGACAGUUUUUUCUUGAAACACUUGAACGCAGCACCACCGCCCCGCCGCCUCGACCGGAGGAGGACGAACCGUUACGACCAGGCUCGUCGUUACCAACGAUGCAAGUCCUCGUUGUACGGAUGAUCCCCGGGCACAGGCUCCUUCUCCCGAGUGCCACAGUCAGCCGGCACCGCCCGCGUCUCCUCCGAUAGACCUCCAGCUGACACCCGGCGAAGAAGACCCGGACUCGGGGCUUUAUGUUUACCGAAGAGCGGCCGGACGGAGGAAGCCGGAGCCAUGGGGUUCUCCUUCAGCCUUCGAUGAACUGAGCUAAGCUGGACCCACACAAGUCAACCAACCGGCCCCUGCCCGCCGCGGGGGCCGUCCUCUCCCCUCAGCGCUCUCCAGCCAUGGCGGGCUUCAAGCGGGGCUACGACGGCAAGAUCGCCGGCCUGUACGACCUCGACAAGACGCUGGGCCGCGGCCACUUUGCCGUGGUGAAGCUGGCGCGCCACGUCUUCACCGGGGAGAAAGUUGCGGUGAAGGUGAUCGACAAGACCAAGCUGGACACCGUGGCCACGGGCCACCUCUUCCAGGAGGUUCGCUGCAUGAAGCUGGUUCAGCAUCCCAACAUUGUGCGCUUGUACGAAGUGAUCGACACGCAGACCAAGCUUUACCUCAUCCUGGAGCUGGGUGACGGGGGAGACAUGUUUGACUACAUCAUGAAGCACGAGGAGGGUCUGAGCGAGGAGCUGGCCAAGAAGUAUUUUGCCCAGAUUGUCCACGCCAUCUCCUACUGCCACCGGCUGCACGUGGUGCACAGGGACCUCAAGCCGGAGAACGUGGUGUUCUUCGAGAAACAAGGGCUGGUCAAGCUCACCGACUUUGGAUUCAGUAACAAAUUCCAGCCGGGGAAGAAGCUGACAACCAGUUGUGGAUCUCUGGCGUACUCUGCGCCGGAAAUACUGUUGGGUGAUGAGUACGACGCUCCAGCCGUAGAUAUCUGGAGUCUGGGCGUGAUCCUCUUCAUGUUGGUAUGCGGCCAGCCGCCCUUCCAGGAAGCGAACGACAGCGAGACCCUGACCAUGAUCAUGGACUGUAAAUACACUGUACCUGCCCACGUCUCCGCCGCCUGCAAAGAUCUCAUAGACCGAAUGCUUCAGAGGGAUCCGAAGAGACGAGCGUCGCUGGACGAGAUCGAGACCCACACCUGGCUGCAGGGGGUCGACCCGUCGCCCGCCACCAAGUACAACACGCCACUGGUCUCCCACAAGAACCUGUCAGAUGAGGAACACAACAGCAUCAUCCAGCGCAUGGUGCUGGGAGACAUCGCCGACCGAGAAUCCAUCGUCGAAGCCCUGGAGACCAACAAGUACAACCACAUCACAGCCACCUACUACCUGCUGGCGGAGAGGAUCCUGAGGGAGAAGCAGCAGAAGGAGGUGGUGGUGCAGACCCGCUCGUCCAGCCCGAGCAACAUCAAGGCCCAGUUCAGGCAGUCCUGGCCCACCCGGGUGGACAUGCACCAGGACAUAGAGGACAGCCUGGCGGCGUCCUCCAUCUCCCACGCCGGAGGCCCCCAGUCGCCGGCUCGCAGUGCCGAGAACCUGCUCAACGGACAUCGCUCCAAAGGCCUGAUGGAGCUGAGCCGGCGGGAGGAGACGGUGACGGACUCGGCCCAGGGAGCCUGUGCUGCAGCCGCGGGCUCCGGUCCUGGGACCAUCAGGGGCCCGAGUCCCUCCACCUCCACAGCAGCCAAACAGAGAACCUGCCUCUUCAGGGUGGUGGAGGAUGAGGAGGAGGAAGAGCAAGACCCGUCUUCCCUCCCAGCCCAGGUGAUCUUGCGCCGUAAGCCCCCCUCCGUCACCAACCGCCUCACCUCCAGGAAGAGCGCCCCGGUGCUCAACCAGAUCUUCGAGGAGGAGGGGGAGUCGGACGACGACUUCGACAUGGAUGAGGCUCUGCCGCCCAAACUCAGCCGCCUCAAGAUGAACAUGGCCGGCAACGCCUCCGGCUCCGGCUCCUCCUCGUCCCCGGGGACCACGCAGAAGCGGUACCAGCGACGCAAGAGCCAGGGGAGGGGGUCAUCGUGCUCCAGCUCGGAGACGAGCGACGACGACUCGGAGAGUCACCGGAGGCGUCUGGACAAAGACUCGGCCUUCAGCUACGGAUGGAACAGGAGGGACAGUAGCGAGGGGCCGCCGGGCAGCGAGGGGGGCAACGGGGGCGGCAGCAGCUCGGGGCAGGGGAAGCCCCCCGGAGAGGGAGGGGGCAGCUCCGGUCCAGACCGGGGGAGUCCUGCUGGAGGGGGUGGAGGAGGUGACGGUGGGGGAGGAGGGGGAGGAGGGGGGGGAGGAGGAGGGGGGGGUAAUAAGGGACAGGACAGCCCCUCCAGUUGUUGUCACAACAGCAGCACCUCUGGCCCCUCCUUCAGCGCUCUGUCCCGCUCGGCCCGGAGUCGCAGCAGCGAGUUGGUGGAAAGUCUGAAGCUCAUGAGUCUGUGCCUCAGCUCCCAGCUGCAGCAGCACCGCGGGGGGCGGGGCCAGAGGGGGAAGCUCAUCAUCGACCCAUGUGGACUCUCUGGGGGGCGGGGCCAGAGGGGGAAGCUCAUAAUCGACCCGUGUGGCGUGAAGAUCCAGGAGAAAUCCUCCUGGAAGAUGUGCAUCGGCUCCAGCGGCAGCCUGGACACCAUCACGCUGCCCACCACCGCCGCCCUGCCUCGCUCACACUCCGCCCACCACCACCACCACCACCGCAAAUCGGCGGGACCCGCCCACAGGAACGCUCACAGCAAUUUGAGCUCGCUGAAGAACGGCAUGCUCCAACUACCUCUGUGCGAGAAGACGAUCUCCGUGAACAUCCAGCGCGGCGGCGGCUCCAGGGACGGUCUGCUCUGCACCGCGACUCCCGCCAGCUGCUGCCAGGUCAUCUGAGGUCACCCCUAGGAGCCCCGCCCCCUCCUCCUCCUCCUCAGACCAGUAACUGCACACACUGCUCCUCCUCAUCGUCAGCUUGUCGUCCUGUGAUUGGCCGUAGCGGAUCGCUGACCUCAGAUCAGCUGUUGUCUCUUGUGUCGCGCCACUGAUUCGUUCCGUGUCAACGUUUAAAUAUUUUAUUACUAUUAAUUAUUUUAUCCUUGGCGUCUCAUGAACUCAUGUUCUUAAUAACAAUGUGCCCGUUUUUAACAAAGAUAUGAAAUAUUACAAAGUGGACGGUUACAGUUCUGGUUCGGAGCCACUGGGAUGCAAAAAAAGUAUCAAAUUAGAAAACAAAAUUCUGGAUUCUCUAACAGGAGGAAGUCGUCAUAAUAUUAUGUGAUUAAACAGUAUUUUUUUUACAAAAAGAUGUGUAAUAUUUCAAGAUUAAGUCAUAAUUUUACAUUAAAAUCACAAUUAUCAUGUGAAAACAAUAUGUGUAGAAAGGAAAAAAAGCUACUUUGAGAAAGUCUUCAACCUGAUAUUUUUCCCAAUUUUAUUUGACAAUUUAUUGCUCAUAACUUAUGUUCCACGUUUGAUUUGAUUGACAGCUGUGAGCUCCCACCCCCUGAUAAUAAUAAUAAUAAUUAGUUUAUUAUAAAUUUAAAAAAAUUAUAAAUUAUUCAGCCAGUAGCUUUAAUACAAAUCACUAUUUUUCUUGAAAUAUCCCUAAAAUAUAUUUGUAGAACUAUGACUCAUUAUUCUCCUAAAAUAAUAAUGUAUGACCUAAAUGAGUCGGACUUGUUAUGACCUUAUUCUUGUAAUAUUGAUUUAGGAUUCUCAUCAGAUUACAGAUCUUUGGUCGUAACGUUGUCAUGCAGUAAUAGCUCCAUGUAUGAAUAUGUGACUACGUGAUUGACAGUCUGUCCUCAGACAAUCUGUUUUAUUGUUGCUUAAAAAAACAGAUUAAUAGAGUUUUAUUCAUUUCACUUGACCUGCAAAAAGAAAAGAAAGAGAAAGUGUUUGUUUUGACCCUUUAACAUCCCAACACUUUAAAAUGAGAAACUGACGAUAAAUGUUCCUGCUGUCUGUGUUUUGAAAUAUGAGAUAUAUUUGUAUCCAUCCACGUCGUGUUGCCGUAGUGACGGAUACAGAAUAUUUUUCAUGUCAGACUCUUUGUGUUUCUUUCUUUUAGUCCCGCCUCCACUCGCAGCGUCGAGUAAUGUAGAUACAGUAAAGUUUAUUUUUUAAAACGUGUACUUUUCCUUUUCUUAUUAAUCUGCUGUUUUUGAAUGUGGACGGGAGUUCGUGUCACGUGACGAAGAGGAAGAUUCUCUCAAAGGGCAUCGGCAAUAAGCUACAGUGUGUCGCAGCUAUUAUCUGUAUCUGUACAGAAACUUAUUGUUAUUGCGAUUAUUAGUUUCUUUUUUCUACUUGAUUUUAUCCAAAUGUGUGCAGCCUGAUACGACAGAGUAUUAGUGCCACACAGAGAGAAAACUGGAGACUUUGAGAAUAAAGUUGAAAUGUUUUGUUAAAUGUUAUUCUCGUAAUAUUACGACUUUAUUCUCGAGGUCUCACUUUUCUUUCCUCGUUAUGUUUCUAAAACUCCGUCGGAGCCUGAAAUUGACCACGUUGGACUGAAGAAAAGAAAAGAAAAGAAAAUCUGUUUUAAAUAUUUUGUUUCUUUUCUGUUUUCUUUUUGAAAACCAAAUGUACAUAGAGAUGUAAAUAUGGUGCUCUCUCUCUCUCUCUCUCUCAAACAGCAGAGUGAACCUUCGGUGCAUAGAGCUGUACAGUCAUCUAGCCUUAUGAUAAUUAGUUCUACUGUAUGGGUUUGUGUCUCAGCUAUAAAAAAAAUAAAAAAAUAGUCAUGUGAGAAGAAACCACAUGAUCCUGUUUGUCCCGUCAGGUCGUCGACCGUCGUCGUCUGUCUCCAGGUGACAACAGAAGAAAAAAGAACCUACGACGGGAAUAUUCAGUGUAUGAUUCUGUAGAUGAGCUGUUGUCAGAUGUUACAUAUAGCUAUGUUGAUAAUAUCCCAAAAAUAAAAAUGUGGAGUACAGUCUCA